AUGAUUGAAAUAAUUGCAUACGUAAUUGUUGUUGUUCUUGUGGUGAUGUGGUGUUACUUCAAAUGGCAUAACAGGCACUUUGAAAAAUUGGCUGCUAGAAUGCCGGGACCUCCAGCGUACCCGAUUAUAGGAACAGCAUAUCAAUUUAUUGGAUCAUCAGAACAGAUCAUGAGCAAAAUAAUUGAUUUGGCGAAAGAAUAUAAUCAAUUGCCAUUUAGACUAUGGUUAGGACCAUAUUUUGCAGUUGCCGUUGGUAACCCAGAAGACCUACAAAUUAUUUUUAAUAAUUCAAAGGCUCUUCAAAAAGACCGAAUGUACGAUUUUUUCAAGAAUGCUGUGGGUGAAGGUUUGUUUACUGCACCGGUUGACAAAUGGCGCAGACAUCGUCGCAUGAUCACUCCCGCUUUUAAUGCCAAGCUUUUGGAACAGUUUUUCCCUGUGUUUAACGAAAAAAACAAAAUUCUUAUCAGGAAUGUUACGAAGGAAUUAAAUAAAACCCAAAAGUUCGAUCUCUGGCACUAUAUUGCACCAGCUGCCCUAGAUACUAUUUGUCAAACCACUAUGGGUUACAAUCUUGACACUCAAUCAAACAAUAAAGAAUGUGAAUUCGGAGAAGCAAUUAUAAAAGUAUCCGAGUUAGACGCUAUGCGAAUUUACAAGCCAUGGUUAUACCCAGAAAUCGUGUUUUCAAUGUAUUUAAAACUCACAGGACAGCAAAGGAUCCUCGAAACAAUGAUACAAUUUCCAUUACAAGUUAUCAAGGAAAAGAAAGCUGAAUUUGACCAAAGAACAAAAGCAAUUCAUGAUAAAGUAGACAUAACCAACAAUGAAGAUGAAAAAUAUUCAAAACUAUUUUUGGACUUAUUGUUUGAACUGAACAAUAAUGGUGGAAACUUCUCAGAUUCCGAUAUUAGGGAUGAGGUUGUAACGAUGAUGACUGGGGGUAGUGAAACCAGUGCUAUCACAAUCUGUUUUUGUCUUUUGAUGUUAGCUAUAGAUCAAGAUAUACAAGAAAAAGUAUACGAUGAAAUUUACGAUAUAUUUGGGGAAAGUGACCAUAUAAUAACUAUAGAAGACACUACUAGACUAGUGUAUUUAGAACAAGUGUUAAAAGAAACCCUUCGAUUAUACCCUGUCGGACCAGUGUUACUCAGAGAAAUUCGAGAAGAUCUUAAAAUAUUCUCAAACGAUUACGUACUGCCCAAAGGAACAACGUGUGUUAUAAGCCCAAUAGCCACACAUCAUAGUCCUGAAUUGUACCCAAAUCCUUGGUCUUUUAAUCCUGAAAACUUCAGUCCAGAAAAUGUAGCUAAACGCCAUCGGUAUAGCUUUAUUGCUUUUAGUGGCGGUCCAAGGGGUUGCAUAGGAUCCAAAUAUGCCAUGUUGUCGAUGAAAGUCACUGUGUCAACAUUUCUACGACACUUUAGCGUGCAUACAGACAUCAAAUUGACAGACAUUAAAUUAAAGAUAGAUUUGUUGAUGAGAAGUGUUCACGGUUAUCCUGUUACAAUUCGACCACGAGACAAAAGACCAACAUAUUAUAUGCGAAAUCAAAAUAAGCAAGGAUAA